CGAGCCUCUCUCACCCCAUAAAUCUUUUUCAAAAACCGUUGUUUCCUUUUUUUUCUUUUUAGUUUAUUCGGCCCCUUUUCUUCAAAACCCUAAUCUCCUAAAUCCUGAAGCAACAAACAACAUCCACGCCCCCAGAAAACCUUCAAAACCCCAACAUCUGAAAGCUCCAAACCACCAAUCGUAAUGGGGAAACAGAGCAAAAAGAGUAAGAACAAAAGAAUCACACUGAAGCAGAAGAACAAGGUGCUAAAGAAAGUAAAGCUACACCACAAAAAGAAGGCCAAUGAGGCCAAGAAGCUUGGUAUGAACAAAAAGCCUAAAGUUGACAAGGACCAAGGCGCGCCUAAUGACUGGCCGGUGAAGGAACAAGAUCUCAAGGCUGUCGAGGCUCGUCGGACCAAAGUUCUUGAAGAAACUCAGCAAAAAAAAGCUGCAACUAAAGAGAGGGUUUUAAAGAGGAAGCUUGGGCAGAUGGAUGACGAUGACGACGACAUCGCAAAUCUGACCGAGCAGGUUUCUACUAAAAACCAGGAUUUUAGAGAGGGAAACGUUCACGAUGAUUUUGCAGUCGCGAGCAAGACACGGGAUAAUUCUGAGAGGUCUUUCUACAAGGAGUUGGCAAAAGUUAUCGAAGCGUCAGAUGUCAUCUUAGAAGUGCUUGAUGCUCGGGACCCACUUGGUACGCGUUCUGCUGACAUGGAGAAGGUGGUUAUGAGAGCUGGUCCAGAUAAACAUCUUGUUUUGCUCUUGAAUAAAAUUGAUCUUGUUCCUCGCGAAGCUGCUGAAAAGUGGCUCACGUAUCUUCGAGAGGAAUUGCCAGCUGUCGCUUUUAAGUGUAGCACUCAAGAACAAAGGUCUAAUCUGGGGUGGAAGUCCUCCAAAUCUGCAAAGAAAACAAGCAAUCUUUUACAAACAAGUGAUUGUCUUGGAGCUGAAACUCUCAUAAAGCUGCUUAAAAAUUACUCAAGAAGUCACGAGCUUAAAAAAUCAAUCACCGUGGGUGUGGUGGGCCUGCCGAACGUAGGUAAGAGCAGUCUUAUUAAUAGUUUGAAGAGAUGCCAUGUUGUCAAUGUCGGGGCGACACCUGGACUGACAAGAACCAUGCAAGAAGUCCAGUUAGACAAGAACGUUAAACUUUUGGACUGUCCCGGUGUUGUGAUGCUUAAAUCCGGGGAUAAUGAUGCUGCUGUUGCACUCAGAAAUUGCAAGAGAAUCGAGAAGCUAGAGGAUCCUGUGGGCCCAGUAAAGGAGAUCCUGAAAUUAUGCCCUGCAGAAACGUUAACAACGAUAUACAAACUUUCCAGCUUCGAUUCAGUUGAUGAUUUUCUUUUUAAGGUAGCUACUCUCAGAGGUAAGCUAAAAAAGGGAGGUAUAGUGGACAUCAGCGCUGCUGCUAGAAUCGUGUUACAUGACUGGAAUGAAGGUAAAAUUCCAUUUUACACGAUGCCUCCAGCUAGAAACGACGGUGAGGUUAUGGAGGCGAAUAUAGUUUCCGAACUUGGAAAGGAGUUCAAUGUGGAUGAGGUUUACGGCACAGACUCCUCGAUUAUUGGCAGCUUAAAAUCUGUGGAUGAUUUUAACUCUGCUACAGUCAUCCCCGAUAAUCCUGUUGCUUUUGAUGAGACAAUGCUCGAGAACGAAAAAGUAUCAGGAGGUCUAAAUCCAGUACAAGGUAUAAAGCAUCGAGGGGAAGAUGAAUCUAUGGCGGAAUAUAAUGAUUCAGAAGAGGUGACGGUAAAAAAUUCAAGUAGCAGACAGAACGAAAAAUUAUAUGCCGCAGAAGGUGUUCUAAACACAAAGUUAAGGAAAGCUGAAAAGAAGAGAAGGAAAAAGGCAAACAAAUUAGCUCCAAUGGACGGUGAUUAUGACUUGAAGGUUGAUAAUACGAGGAACGGAUCUGCAAUGGAUGUUGGUGAUGAGGGAGAUGAUGACGUGUCGGUUAACAAUGUCAUGAAGAACAGAUUUGCUUUGCCGGAUGCAGCUCUUGACGAGUAGAACUUUAUAUAGUUUUGUGUAUUGUGGUUUGGUUUGGUUUACACCAUCAGUUUUGACAUGUUUAUUUUUUGCUAUUUGACAAUCAAAAAUUUUAAAUUAUAUUGUAGAUAACAUGUCACAAUGUUGGACC